GAGGGGAGCCCGGCGGCCUGCGCUGGCUCCUCACCCCCAGCGCUGGGGGAGCGCGCGGCGGGAGGAGGCGGGGGCCGCCGGCCGCGGAGAUGGAGCCCUGACGCCGCCAUGGAGAGGAAGGCGGGCGGCGAGGAUGACUGCGUGGACUCGGGAGCCGAGACAGGAGGAUCUGAGUACAGCCACAUGUCCUCUACAAGCAGUGAACUUUCUGUGGAAGACAAUCAGGACCCUUUCCUUGUUAGUAUACAUAUCAUCGCAGACCCUGGUGAAUCCAAAGUUCUCCAGCAAGCCAUUGAUAAACUGUUAGCAUGGAUCCAUCCAGACCUCCAAUUGUUCCGAGUCUCAGAAAGACGGGUCUCAAGGAAGCACAGGAAGUCUGGUAAGGCUGCUGUUUCUCAGCCAGCCCUUGCAGUCAUUCUGUUCCUGCAGGAGGAAUAUGGAGAAGAACCAAUCUUACAGCUCCAUGAAACCUUUCAGAGACCACCUUGGCAUUACCACCAUACAGAACGAGUGCAUGGCAAGUUCCUCCCUUACAUGCCAUGCAGUCAGGACUUCUUCACUUUGGCCCAUGGGACCCCUUUGUGGGCCAUCCGACCAGUGCAUUAUGGGAGAGAAAUUAUCCGCUUUGCCAUAUACUGCAGGAAUGAAAACUUUAUUGACAUUAUGAAACUGUACCAGUUAAUCCUGAAAAGACCGGUGUGUCAGAAAAAGGCAGACUUUUGUGUCUUUCCUGUCUAUUCUAACAUGGAUAUAGACAUUCAGUUCUCUUUAAAAAGACUCCCUAAGGGCCAGAUUCCAACCCCUACAGAGUCAGCGGUGCUGGAAUUCCGAGUAGAUGUUGGACAGCUUAUUCCUCUCUUGCCCAAUCCUUGUAGCCCAAUCAGUGAAGGCAGAUGGCAAACAGAAGACCAUGAUGGGAAUAAGAUCCUUUUGCAGGUGGAAAUUUCCUUUCUUCUGUCAACAUGCAAAAUGUUAACUAGCAGCCCUGGAUUCUUCUCAGCAGAUCAGACACGUAUUUGGUAUAGGAAGUCUGCUGAGCAGAACAAGCUUCAUUUCCCAUCUUCAAGGGAUUCCCGUUUCACUCCUUCACCAAGCUAUAUUCCUCACAGUGACAGACCUGCCCUCAAUCAAACUAGUGAGCAUCUGAACUCAGCUGGUCAAAUCAAGCUGCAUCGGGCAAAUGGUCUUGGUCAGUACCUUGGCAUCUCCCAGCAGGACUUGAGAAAUGGUGACCAAGGAGACUUCACCCGAAGAUCCAGUAGUGCCUCUAGCAUUUCAUGGUCAUUUCAGCGAAGCAAGUCUCUGUUCUGCUUGCCCACAACAAGCUUCUCUCCGGCAUCUGACUCCUUUAACUUUAGUGAACCAUUCCACAAUUUAAAUACUGGGUCACCUGUGAACAGGUUAAAAACAUGGAGAUGCAGUCCCAAGCUUAACAUUGAGGACUUGGAGGGGUCACAGGAGACUGAUGUUGACACAGGGAUGAAGCUGUCCUUCUCAGAUCUGUCUGUAGCUUCAGCCUACUCUACCUUUAAUGGAUUUUGCAAUGAUUUGGAAGCUACUCUUCCCCCACAAAGGCAAAGUGUCAGUAGAUCUAAACAGGCUGUCUCCAGGAGAAGGCCAUUGUCAGUCAUGUGCAGUACCCUUGAGCUCCCUAGUGGUUCAAUUCCAUCUCUCUCUGAGUGGUCUUCCAGCUCUUUCUUGUCAUCUUCAGCAUCCCCCUUAGCAUCUCACUGCCAACUCAGACAGUCACCAAGAGCAACCCCUUGUUCUCUGAAUGAUAGGAAAACACCUGGCAGCAUUCAUCCAGGCUCUCCAGCCAACGAGGAGGAAUUCUACAUCUGAGCUUUCUCCAUGCUGAACCUUUAAAUGUAAAUUUCUGCAUAUGUGAAUUACAGCAGUGCAUUUCCACCAUCUGAGCUGGCAAGUUCCUUGCUUUUUCCUGAGGGGAGGGUGUUACAUCACUGUAUGCUAAAUGUUGUAAAAGGUUCUCACACACCACUGUAAUGGGUGCCUCAUAAAUGUGUACUAUAAUAUCAGGUGAGACUGUGUCCACUGGAUUCAUGCGGAGGGGAUCCUCGAUGUGUAGAUCUGUCCAUAGCUGUGCAGGUAGGGGGUUUGUGCUCAGUGUCCUUCAGCUCUGGAGAAGGGGGUUUGGGAGACUGACCCUUAGCAUAUAGAGCAGGAAGUGCCCAGAAAUGCACAUGGUAACCCACCUUCCCCUGUAAAGAUGUAAAGAUGCUGAAAAGAAAAUACAACCUCAAGCUGCAUUAACUUUUCUGAGAAGGUCUCUCCACGCUGGCAAACCCUUCCCCACCUCCUUUAUGAGGUUCCAGAGGCAGCUAUGAAAGAGCAGACCCUAGCAGCAUGACUCCAGUGGAGCCAGACAAGGAUGCUGAGGGCCCGAGAACCAGUGUAGAGACACAGGCCUCCAGCUGAUUCUUUGAGAAUCUGCAGACUUGGGGAGAGAAUGUCCUCUUUGUUCCACGGGGAAGAAGGAACCCACACCACAUUCCCAAUCUGAUGGACUGGUUUUGGGAAAAUGCCAUGAGGGGAAUUUUGAGGAGCUUUUUUCCCCAUCUCCCCUCCUCCCCCCAUGUCAAAAGUGUUUUUCAUCAUAUGGGAAGGGAGCAGGGUGAUCCACUGUUAAAAAUGCACUGCAGCUCCCUAUUUUUAGGGGUUUGUUAUUUUGGUUGUAAAAAAUUCACCUCUUACAUAAACAUAGUAUUGGUGGUCCCAGCCCAAUUUCUGUGUGAAACAAAUUUCUUGCCAAAGUUGUCUGAAUUUUUAAUCUAUCUAAAGGGAAAAACAUGUAGAAUUGUACUGGCCUUUUUCUCAAGUUACAUUUUUGGCAAGUUGUUACAGUAUAAUGUGGCAAGCUGUUAUUGUGUAAUUACUUUUGAUAUUUUGGAAAAACAUUUACAUGGAGAAGCUAUUAGUCUGAGAAAUGGCUAAGUACCUUUAUGAGGAUUUUUACCAUCUAUUUCAAAUUUUCCUGACAAUAUAUCUCUGUGUUAAACACUACUGACACUGAAUGCUGUUCUGGUCAAGGCACUUAGAACAUUACCUGGUUUAAAGUAGUGUAUACAAAUCUGUAUUUAAUCAAUAGACAGGUACAGCUGCAGAAGAUCCACUCUGAUCAGUCAGUAAAUAAAACUAGGGAGGAAAAAUGAUCUUAUGUGUAUUACUCAACAGCGUUACUCAGAACAAUACUAUUCAUUUUAAAACAGCCUAAAUAAAUAGUUACAUAAGAGAGUGGAACAGCUCCAAAUACCUCCAUUCUAACCCCCAACUAAAUAUACAGUUUAUACCAUUCUACAAACCAUCCUUAAAAAAAAUGCAGUCUGGAAGAAAUAAAUAUACAAUCAUUCUGUUUAAACAAAAUUUAAGUUGUAACCCAAAUCCACAAAAGGCAGGAAAUUGACAGUAAAAACUUGAAGGAAUUGGCAGUCAAUUCACUGACCCUCCUUUAUGCUGUUCGGCAUUUUUUGCUUUUUCCCCCCCCACAGUUAUAGAGAAUAGGGCAUCUGCCUCAUCUAUGAGGUUCCUGCCUGUAGUCAGGUACUGAGACAACAUGAACUGUGUGGAAACCUUGUCUUCUGUAUUAACUAUAAAAAUAGGAUUUUAUUCCAGAUCUGGACACCCAGCUGAAUAUCAGCACUUUCCCCACCACUACCACCCAGAGCUGUUUGGGUUCACUCCAACUUUUGAUAAAUGACCCUGUUCAGAGAUGCUUGGAAGCAGAAACAGCGUGAAUGAGGGAUUUAACAUGGUGUUUGAAUGUUUACCAACUAUCAGCCUGCUCCAAAGCCCAUCAAACUCAAUGGGAGUCUUGGGGUUUAGGUCAGCCUUUAGGGUAUGUCUAAAAAACCUGCAACAUCGAGUCUCAGAGUCUGGGUCAGCUGACUCAGUCUGUGGAGCUAAAAAUUGCAGUGUAAACAUUCAGACUUCAGUUGGAGCCCAGGCUCUGCGACUCGAUGCUGCAGGGUCCUUUGCAGGGUCUCAGAACUGUUGAAGCACAGUAGGCAGGUUAUUCGCCACUGUCAUGGGCUAUAUGUAAUUAUUUACAGCUGGGCAAAAUAUGUGUAGAAUACUACCAGAUCAGAAUGGUAGCAUUUUGCACUCACUUGGCAAAUGACUAUGCAAGGUGCAAGGCAGUGAAGAAUCAGGCCCAAUAGGUUUAGCUGGAGGGUUGCGGGGGG